AUGAAGUCUAUGCUGAGACAAGUUCGCGAGGCUAGGGCCAACGCGAGGGAAGCUAGGAAACAGGCGAUGCCGAAAGCGCUGGGAGGAGCAAUCGGCGCAAACAAGGCCCGGGACAGACUUGGAACGAAGAAUUCGAAUGUGUCUAAGUCGAGCUCUGACUACAGUAAAGUCCACCAAAGCGACUUCUACGAAGACGACACGGACUCCAUGACGAACAAAUUAAAAGACAAACAGCUUAAUGUUCUCGGCAUUAUGAGAAAACUGGGAGGAAAGCAAGACGAAAACUGCACUCUUGAAGAACUUUUGUUCGAUCUGGGGAUGAGCGAGGAUCAGUUCCUUAUCUUUGGCGAGAUUUGGCGAAAAUACGGGAGGCGCGACGAGGCAGCAUCGCUCAGGCAACGUGAUCAAUUCAUUUUUCUCAAAGAUCUUCCAGCUCUCGUCCGCGACGUCGGCAAAAAAUGUUUUGUUUCGGCUUCCACAGCUUCAUCCGUACUUUCUCAAAAAUCAAACACAGUAGUAAGCCAAAUUGAGGAAUAA